ACGGUGCAAACGGCGUGGCCGCCAUCUUGUUUGUGCCCCAGCUUUGCCCGCGCUCCGUUCUCCGUGACGCACGCUUCCCCCUCCCCUCCGCCCUGCCCAGGCCUCUGCAUUGCCCGACACCGCAGGAGCGCGGAGGCGGCUCCUGUUCUUCCUUGGACCCAGAGUAGACGCAUGUGAGUGUGCGGGAGCGUCUGUGGGAGGUAGGGUGUGAGAGGUGAGCGGCGGUGACGGGGGGAGGGGCAGCGCUUCCCGCCUUCAAAGACUUCACUUCCCUCGCGCGACUGCUGCUGUAGUUCGGUCCGGCCUGCCCGCCGCCAUGUUGUGUCCUCGCCGGGGCCGCCCCUGUGGCCGCCGCCGUCUCCAAGCUCUUGGGGUCCUUGCGCCUCGUCCGCCCGGCCCGCGGGCUUUCUCCCAUUGGCGGAAGGCGAGGGCGGGGGGGCUCUCUCGGAUUGGUCGGUGGCGGGGAGGCCGCGGACCUGGCACCUUAUUGGUCGCGCUGGCUCCGGAGUAGGAAUCAAACGCUGCGGGAUGCGCACGUCCCGGGUUUGGGCUGCAAGGAUAAUGACCCCCUACGCCACAGUCGUGAGUUGUCAAAAUGUCCACAGAAGGAGGAUUUGGUGGCACCAGCAGCAGUGAUGCUCAGCAAAGCCUACAGUCCUUCUGGCCUCGUGUCAUGGAAGAAAUCCGGAAUUUAACAGUGAAAGAUUUCCGAGUACAGGAACUCCCACUGGCUCGUAUUAAGAAAAUUAUGAAACUGGAUGAAGAUGUGAAGAUGAUCAGUGCAGAAGCCCCUGUGCUCUUUGCCAAGGCGGCCCAGAUUUUUAUCACAGAGUUGACUCUUCGAGCCUGGAUUCACACAGAGGAUAACAAGCGCCGAACUCUACAGAGAAAUGAUAUUGCCAUGGCAAUUACAAAAUUCGAUCAGUUUGACUUUCUCAUCGAUAUUGUUCCAAGAGAUGAACUGAAACCUCCAAAGCGUCAGGAGGAGGUCCGCCAGUCUGUGACUCCUGCGGAGCCCGUCCAGUACUACUUCACGCUGGCUCAGCAGCCCACUGCCGUUCAAGUCCAGGGACAGCAGCAAGGCCAGCAGACCACCAGCUCCACAACCACCAUUCAACCUGGGCAGAUCAUCAUUGCACAGCCUCAGCAGGGCCAGACCACACCCGUGACAAUGCAGGUUGGAGAAGGUCAGCAGGUGCAGAUCGUCCAAGCGCAGCCACAGGGCCAAACCCAGCAGGCCCAGAGUGGCACGGGGCAGACCAUGCAGGUGAUGCAGCAGAUCAUCACUAACACAGGAGAGAUCCAGCAGAUCCCGGUGCAGCUGAAUGCCGGCCAGCUGCAGUAUAUUCGCUUAGCCCAGCCUGUAUCAGGCACCCAAGUCGUGCAGGGACAGAUCCAGACACUUGCCACCAAUGCCCAACAGAUCACACAGACAGAGGUCCAGCAAGGACAGCAACAGUUCAGCCAGUUCACAGAUGGACAGAGGAACAGCGUGCAGCAAGCUCCAGGCUCUGAGCUAACGGGAGAGGCAGAGCCCAGAGAAGUGAAAGCCACAGGAAAUUCAACUCCCUGCACCUCUUCCCUGCCCACCACACACACACCCUCACACCGGGCUGGUGCCUCCUGUGUCUGCUGCUCCCAGCCCCAGCAGAGCUCCACACCCCCUCCUCCCUCUGACGCCUUGCAAUGGGUGGUGGUUGAGGUAUCUGGGGCCCCCAACCAACUCGAGGCCCAUAGGGAGCUGCAUGCCCCUCUCCCAGGGGUGACCUCACUCUCUCCUCUCCACCCCUCGCAGCAGCUCUACCAGAUCCAGCAAGUCACCAUGCCUGCGGGCCAGGACCUCGCCCAGCCCAUGUUCAUCCAGUCAGCCAACCAGCCCUCCGACGGGCAGGCCCCCCAGGUGACCGGCGACUGAGGGCCUGAGCUGGCAAGGCCAAGGACACCCAACACAAUUUUUGCCAUACAGCCCCGGGCGAUGGGCACAGCCUCCCUCCCCAGAGGACCCGGCCGACCUCAGCGCCUCCUGCAGGCUAGGACACUGGUGCACUACGCCCCACGCCUGGGGGCUGGGAUUCUCCAACAGAAAGAUGCAAUAUUUUUUAUUUCCUUUUUUUCCAUUUUUUUCCCCAAGGAGUCAGUAUUUCAGUAUGUUGAGCUGUGUGUCCAAUGCUAUGAAAUGAAAAUAUUAAAUAACGUAUUUAUGGCAUUGUCUUGAAGAGUGUGGUUGAAGAAAUAUUUCUUCUUUGGGUUUUAUUUUUUUGGUUCUCACCGCCACUUCCCUUUAGGAGCACAUCUCCCCAGGGGUGUACGUCACCAUCUCCUGACUCUUGGAACCUGUUGCCCCCAGGAUUUGCCACCUUGUUCUACCCUCAGAUUAAAUUAGGUGAAUAUGUAUAGCUGCUUUUUCACUAGUGGUCAUCUUCUCACCCCCUUGCUCUUGCCGCAGAGCUCUGUAUAUUUGCAUCCAGAGGCCAUGAAAACAUUCCUUAAGUUCAGAAGGUGAAUUCGUUCUCCAUGGAGAGUGGAUGGUUUCGUUCCCAAACGCUUCUCUCCCAGGGACCCAAGGAGACUAGAACUAUGUGCAUUUUGCCCAUUUCUCCCUCCCCCACCCCCAUUUUAUUUUUUAAAUGCAUUAAAAAUUGUGCUAGUCUCCUUUGUUGCAUGGACUUCAAACUGCAUGAAAUGCAAUAAAUCUCAUUUUAGAUAA